AUGGAGCAAACACGCGCUCUCAACGCGCUCGAACCCUUCCUCGCCCUCUCGAAAUCCGCAAACUCUCCCCGCGCUGCCGCCGAUCUGGUCUCGCAAGCUACCUCCGCCCCGAACACCUACGUCUUCGCCGAGCUUCUGCAGACGCCAAACAUGCAAGCACUGAGGCAAUCGACCGAAUACGCCUCACACCUCACACUACUGGAGAUAUUCGCCUGGGGCACAUUGGCAGACUACAAGGCCAACCCCUCCCUGCCCCCCCUAAACGCCCAACAACACCAAAAGCUCCUCCUCCUCUCCCUGCUCCCCCUCGCCCGCUCCCACACCACCCUCACCUACGCCCACCUCACCACCGCGCUCUCCCUCCCCUCGCCCCGCGCCCUCGAGGAGCUCAUCACCACCGCCAUCUACGCCUCCCUGCUCACCGCGACCCUCGACCCGGCGCACGGCCUCGUCAACGUCUCCUCCAUCUCGCCGCUGCGCGACCUCGCGCCGGGCGCGCUGCCCGCGCUGUCCGCGACGCUCGCGGCGUGGAGCGCGCGGGCCGGCGGCGCGCUCGACGAGCUGGACGCGCAGAUCGCGGGCGUGCGGCGCGCCGCGGUGCUGCGCGAGAAGGAGCGGCGCAAGCGCGAGCGCGGCAUGGAGACGGCCAUGGCGCUGCUGGAGGAGAAGAGCGGCGGGGCGAAGCGCGGGCCCGGGGGGAAUGGGGAGGAGGGCGGUGGAGGGGCGGGCGAGGCGAUGGAGAUUGACCAGGAGGAUAUUGUGGGGAGGGAUCGCGAUGAUGGUGAUGAGGUGGUGGGGGAUGGGCCGUCGGCGAAGAGGAUGAGGGGGGAUGUUGCUGUGGAUGUGGCUGGAGGUGCUGGAGAUUAUGGUGGUGUGAAGGAGGAGAAUGGGAAGGUGGCUGAGGAUGUUGGAGAUGGCGACUAUGGCGGUAUGAGAAAUGAGAAGAGCGAGCAGGAGGCGCUGAAGAUGCUUGAUGCGGGAGGUGUUGAAGGCGUUGAAAACGGCGACAAAGACGGUGGCAUCGACUGA